AUGGUGUCCGACCAGGAGCUCGCCCACUACGUGCAGUCGUUCGUCCGCCAGGCCGCCGCGCUCCCCGGUGGCGCCGCCGCCGCCGGGAUAUCGCCGCAGGCCGUGGUGCGGGGGCUCGAGGCGCAGCUCGGCGUCGACCUCGCCCCCAGGGCGCCGCUCAUCCGCGACAUCCUCCUCGCGCUCCUCUCCCCCGACCCGCGCAGGGACCAUUUCCCCCCCGCUUCCCCUCCCCAUGCCCACCAGCAGCACCACUUCGCCGCCACCACCACCUCCUCCUCCACCAUGCCCGCCGCCUCCGCGCCCUCCCCCACCGCCGUGCCCCACUACUUCACGCAGCAGCAGCAGCAGCCCACGCCGCAGCAGCUGCAGUCCUACUACGCCGCCUCGCAGCAGUACCAACUGCAGCAGCUCCAACAGCAGCAGCAGCACCAACAGCAGCAGCAGCAGCAGCACCGCGCCAGCCCGCCCGCCUCCUCGCCCUACGACGCCCCAGCCUCGUUCCGCUACGCGCAGACCGGCGGGGCGCAGCUGCAGAGGCUCGUCCAGAUGCAGCAGUACCAGCAGCAGCAGCAACAACAACAACAGUACCACCAGCAGCAGCAGCAGCAGAUGGCCGCGGCGGCCAAUGCGGCCACGGCGGCACAGAGUCCGCCUGGAUCGGUGGCCGAGACUCCUCGUGGAUCGGUGGCCGAGACUCCGCGUGCGGCCGCGGCCGCAAGGCCCAAGAAGGAAAGUGCUAGCACUGGAGUAAAACGAAAAGGUGGUACAGGGGGGUUAAACAAAGUCUGUGGUGUUUCGCCUGAGCUGCAAGCUAUUGUUGGUGAACCAACAAUGGCUAGGACUGAGAUCGUCAGGCAGCUUUGGGCAUACAUUCGCAGAAAUGACUUGCAGGACCCUAACAAUAAGAGAAAGAUCAUAUGCAAUGAUGAGCUACGAUUGGUUUUUGAGACUGAUUGCACUGAUAUGUUCAAGAUGAACAAGCUUUUGGCGAAGCACAUAAGACCACUCGAGCCAACAAAAGAUUCAAAUCGAGAUUUGAAGAAGCAGAAGCCUGUGGAAGAUGAACCCAGUCCUCCUGCCGAAGUUGAUGCUACAAACCAACUUCCAUUUAUUGUGUCUGAUGCUCUUGCUAGCUUUUUUGGAACUGGAGAAAGAGAGAUUCCACAUUCUGAGGCUGUCAAGCGCGUUUGGGACCACAUCAAAAGCAAUAAUCUAGAGGAUCCAUCAAAUCCCACGAUGAUACUAUGCGACUCAAAACUUAAAGAUCUCUUUGGAUGUGAAAGCGUAACUGCUCUGGUUGUUUCAGAGUUGGUGUCACACCACCUUUUCAAGCAACCUAACAACAUCUAACUGAUGAAACAUGGAAGGACUCUAGUCGGUCUAACAUUCUGGUACUAGGAACUGAUGAAACUACAGAAACUUGCUGAAGUUACUAAUUGCAUCUUUUGGAUCCAACAGACUGAUGUACUUACCUGAAGGGCUGUAGGCUAAUCGCUUCACAGUAGCAAUCAAAAGGAAUGGUAGUUGUGCAUUUGUCUGGUUUGACCUCUGGGGAAGGGUCACAUCUGGUAGGUUGUGUCUGUUAAAUAGGAAGCAGUUCUGAAGCAACCGUAAAAGAAAGUGAAAGCUGAUUAACUUUGAUGUAAAUUCAGCAACCAUAGAUGCCCUUUAUGGUAAGAAGUAGCUUUCUCUUUUUUACCAAGAAAACAUGUUACAUUUCCUGUUAAAGAAGACCUGGACGACAUUGUAAUGUUGUAGGUAAUGCAUGCUUAUAUAUUUUAGAUCACUAUCGAAAUGCUAA